UACUCCGUAGGUCAGUUAUAGGUUGUAGAACGCUGUCUGAAUCGAGAAAUUACUCUCAAAAAGAGGUUCUCACCAAGUCAAUUCAAUAAAAUAUAUCAUUUCAUUCUAUCAUUUUAGCUCCACAGAACUGAGCAAAACAUUGUCUGCAAAGGACCACUAGUAUCACCAUGGCCCAGAAAACAUUCUCACUUGCAAGUCGUGUCAAGUUGAACAAUGGACUGUCUAUGCCACGCAUCCACCUUGGUGUGUACAUGACAGAAGGGAGUGAGACCAAGGAUGCAGUUAGAUGGGCCCUCGAGGCUGGCUAUCGCGGCUUUGAUUCGGCUCAGAUGUACUACAAUGAGGCUGAGGUGGGCAGCGCUAUCAAUGGUUUUCUGUCCAGUAGGGCGAAUACCGAGUCCUUGAAACGGGAGGAUAUUCAUUUUACCACCAAAUUGUCAUCCAAUACGAGUUACGAUCAGGCGCGAAAAGCCAUCAAGUCGUCUCUCAAAAAGAGCGGAUUGGGGUAUAUUGAUCUCUUCCUCCUGCACAGCCCUUACGGCGGCACGCAGAAACGGCUUGAUUGUUGGCGCGCUGUUGAGGAUGCCAUUGAGGAUGGAGAAGUCCGCAUUGGUGGCGUCAGUAACUUUGGUGUGAGACAUAUUCAAGAAUUGAUCGACUCAAAGCCCAAAAUCCUUCCCGCUGUCAAUCAGAUUGAGAUCCACCCCUUCAACACGCGGACGGACAUCGCGAGCCUUUGCGCUCAACAUGACAUUGUGGUUGAGGCGUAUGCACCCCUCGCUCGUGCAACCAGAAUGAAGCACCCAACCAUUGUUUCGGUGUCCAAGAAGUAUGGUUGCACACCAGCACAGCUGUUUGUUCGAUGGAGCUUGCAGCAUGAUUAUGUGCCACUUCCGAAGAGCUCUACCAAGGAGCGGAUCAUUGCCAAUGCCGACAUUGGAGGAUUCGAAAUUAGCGCAGAUGAUAUGAAGACCCUGGAUGGUCUGGACGAAUAUCUUGUCACCGACUGGGAUCCGACCGACUGCGCGUAAAGCCAUAAUUCUGCCGUUUCCUAGCUUAUGAUU